AUGGGAAGCCCAAGAGUGUUAGGGACUGCUUUCCUGGUCUUUCUUAUUGUAGACAUCGCCUUUGCUGCUAGGACACUGCAGUCAAUUAGUGGAGGUGGAGGUGGAGGGCAGGGAGGAGGUGGUGGUGGUGGAUCUGGAUCAGGACUUGGGUCAGGUUAUGGUUCUGGUUCUGGAUCCGGGAGCGGUGAAGGAUAUGGUGCUGGUGGUCGUGGAGGAGGCGGGGGCGGAGGCAGUGGCGGAGGUGGAGGUGGUGGCAGUGGCGGAGGCAACGGGUCAGGUUCUGGCUAUGGGUCUGGUAGCGGCUCAGGCUAUGGUUCUGGUAGUGGGAUUGUCACCGAAUUUACUUUCCAGGAAGUUACUGCUGGCUUGGAUUCCAUCGCGGAGACCAUAACGAUGAAUGAUGAUCCAAAUGCCGAUGCCAUCAUGUCUUCAAGAAUUCGUCCUGGGAUUGCGAGAAGGGAUUUGCGCGAGGAUGAUAUCAGGGUGUACGAGCUUUAUACGGAUUCACUAAUAAUUAAUAAGAACCAAAGGGAAGGAGAAUGA